AUGGGCAGACCGCCUUGUUGUGAUAAAGUUGGUGUGAAGAAAGGGCCAUGGACUCCUGAAGAAGACAUAGUAUUGGUGUCUUAUGUUAAAGAACAUGGUCCUGGAAAUUGGAGGGCUAUACCUAAAAAUGCAGGUUUGCAUAGAUGCAGUAAGAGUUGCAGGCUAAGAUGGGCUAAUUAUCUUCGGCCUGGGAUCAAAAGGGGUAACUUCACUGAACAUGAAGAGAAGAUGAUCGUUCAGCUUCAAGCUCUUUUGGGCAACAAAUGGGCUUCCAUAGCUUCUUAUCUCCCAGAACGAACCGAUAAUGACAUAAAGAACUAUUGGAAUACGCAUUUGAAGAAGAAGCUAAAAAAUCUUCAAUCUUCAAACUUGGAUUCUCAUUCAACUUCGCACUCAAUUACGAGAGGUCAAUGGGAAAUGAAGCUACAAACUGAUAUCAACAUGGCAAAACAAGCACUUCGUGAUGCAUUAUCAUAUCAAAAUACGAGCAAUUUCACUGAAUUGAUCCCAGAAUUCAAGCCGUCUGAUACUAAACCUGGAAAAGAAUUUACAUAUGCAUCCAGCACUGAAAAUAUUGCCAGAUUGCUGAAACAGUGGGCGAUAAAUAGACCAAAUUCUUCAAUUACUCGAAAUUCAGUCGAUUUCAGUGCUCGUGAAUCCAUUCCUAGUCCAUGCACCUAUAGCAAUAGUGGAAUUAAGUUAUCUGAAUCAUUAUUCGGGUUUGGAUCCGGAUCAUUUGAUUCUUCCAACUCUGAAAUUGAAUUUACCGGGUCCGGUUCUCCUGAAGCUGGUUAUCUUCAUGGUGAAAGCAAACUUGACCCGACAGAACUGGAUCCGGUCCAUUUGUCAACUCUGGAGAAUCUGCUACUUGAUGAUCAAUGGAAGGAAUGCUCAUUUGACGAAAAUCUGGAUUUAGUUUAG